AUGGCGACCAGAAAGUUGAACGUUUUGGUGUACUCCGGAAAUGGCAGCACUACUGAAUCUGUUCGCCACUGCCUGUACACUCUCCGUCGCCUGCUUUCUCCAGCAUACGCGGUCAUCCCCGUCACAGGUGAUGUUCUCAUCAAAGAGCCCUGGUUCAGUACUUGCGCGCUGCUCGUCUUCCCCGGCGGUGCAGAUUUGGGCUACUGUCGCACGCUCAACGGCGAAGGAAACCGCCGUAUCAGCCGAUAUGUGAAUGCUGGUGGCUCGUAUCUGGGUUUUUGUGCUGGCGGCUACUAUGGCAGCGCAAGAUGCGAGUUCGAAGUAGACGACCCGAAGAUGGCGGUUGUUGGAGAUCGAGAGCUGGCUUUCUUCCCGGGUGUGUGCCGGGGUUUGGCGUUCGAGGGGUUCAAGUAUGCUAGUGAGGCUGGUGCCAGAGCGGCAGACAUCAAGAUCGAAAAGGCAUCUUUUGACGAUGUAAGGGAUGGGGUCGCUGACUCUUUCAAGAGCUAUUACAACGGAGGCGGAGUGUUCGUUGAUGCAAAGAAGCUUGAGGCAAGAGGUGUACAGAUACUUGCAAGUUACACGGAGGACCUACACGUGAAUUCUGGUGAGAGCCAAGCUGCGGUUGUUUAUCGUAAGGUUGGCGAAGGACAUGUUGUACUCACCGGACCGCACCCUGAGUUUGCCCCACAGAACUUAAGCAAGAUACCUAGUCUUCCAUCGUACGCGUCUUUGAUUGACGAAGUCACUGCUACAGAUACAGAACGGGUCUCUUUCUUGGCUUUGGUUCUGGGCAAGCUGGGCUUGAAUGUUAACGAACAGGAACAAGCGGUACCAUCCCUUUCCCGCCUUCAUCUCACGUCUCACAAGUCGACAGCCGUCACGGACCUCGUCGCAUCUUGGGCCGAAGUCAUCACUGUAGUCGAUGGUGAAGAGUAUAUCCAAGGUGGCAAUGAUGUUUUCCAUGUUGAGAAGGAGGGUAGUGUGUGGGCCGUUAGAGAGCUGAAGCGGGCUGUGAGCGCGGUCUCGGAAAAGUUGCCAACACUUGGGUCGAUUCCGGACCAAGCAGAUGAGAAAGACGCAGAAGUUGCGGAAAAUACAUUUCAAAACAAAAAGAAGUCGAAAACCAAGGAGGAGGAAAUCCGAGAGUGCAUUGAAUACACCGCCAAUUCAGCCUUCGAACAGAUCCUUUCAUACGACAAGGUCAUCAAAACGAUCGUCCCGCACACCAAUAACCUCCCUUCAACCCGGGAAACCCCUUUCCACCACGAAGCCUUCUACGCGAACCUUCAUCACUACCACACCAAGCUCCGUAACCCUUCCGCCUCUUUCGGUGCAAAUCUUCUUUACGGCGAAGUAGUAACCAGCACGAAUACACUUCUCGACAAAAACCCAUCGCUCCUACGCACCCUCCCCAAUGGUUUCACUAUAACAGCAACGACGCAAAUUGCUGGCCGCGGUCGCGGCUCAAAUGUCUGGGUCGCACCACCUGGCGCGAUGAUGUUCAGCACCGUGCUCCACCACAGCUUCGCGCUCUCGCAGUCUGCACCCGUCAUCUUUGUACAGUACCUUGCAGCUUUAGCCAUUGUGCAAGGUAUUCAGGAAUAUGCGCCAGGCUACGAAAAGAUUCCCGUCAAGCUGAAGUGGCCUAACGACAUCUACGCACAACUGCCAGGCAGCGCAAACAAUCCUGUCGUGAAGAUUGGAGGGAUUCUCGUAAAUAGCUCUUACUCUGGAAGUAGCUACGACGUCGUCUGCGGCAUCGGUUUGAACUUGUCCAACGCUCUACCCACAACCUCCCUCAAUCAACUCGCCGCUAGUCAGAACCCCCCACUCAAGCCGUUAACACAAGAGAAACUGCUGGCAAGCAUCUUGGCCGCUUUCGAGUCUCUUUACACAGACUUUUGUACGAGAGGAUUCAGUAGGGAUAUGGAGGAGCAGUAUUACAGGGCGUGGCUGCAUACAGAUCAGAUCGUGGAGUUGGAAAGUGAAGGAGGUGUGAAGGCGAGGAUCAAGGGAAUUACAAGGGAUUGGGGUUUGUUGCUUGCGGAGGAGCUGGGGUGGCAGGAUAGGCCGACAGGGAAGGUGGUGAGCUUGCAGAGCGACAGUAACAGUUUUGAUUUCUUCAGGGGCUUGGUCAGGCGGAAGGUGUGA